CAUCGCCACCACCAUCAUCAUCACCACCACCGACGACGGUCUAAUCACUUUCAUUAUCACAACUUCCACAACAAUCACGGUAAACAGCUGUCACACAAACACAAACAGUCGAAGUCGAUGCAACAUCAUCAGCAUAGUCAACAGCAACAGCAGAAUCACAUAUUGCAUUGUAUAGCUUCUGCGGCAGUAGCUGCUGCGUCGUCAUCUACAAGUGGGUUGGCCGCAGCAGCCGCUGCUCUCGUCAUAAACAGCAGCACUGUUGCCGCCGCAAACGCUGCUGGUUCGGCUACUCUUUCGGCAUCCUCGUCAUUAGCGACUAAUUCAAUUGUAAAUAUAAAUCAUACAAACCAUUUAUUUAACUAUCAAUCUUACCAAUCUACGUCGCAAAGAUAUCGCCCCAAUUACAAUAUGCUACUGAACAACACUCCGAUGCAAAAUAACCCUACCCAAACGCAAUCUGCAACUGCAAACAACAUAAUAAACGUGUCCGCAACAUCUUCACACAAUUCCAAUUAUAACAAUAGUAAUCACCAUAAUCAUCAUCACCAUCACCACCACCACAAUCAUCAAUGUAAGUCGAAGCGUAAAUUACAAAAAUUGUAUUAUACCCUAUGUCGCUGAAUCUCUUGCGAUUGGAAUAGUUUUUGUCCAAGCCUUCAACGUUUCCUCAUCGGAGGAAUGUAGAGAGUAGAAGGUAAAUUCUCUUUAAACUAUAUGUAA